AUGAUGUCAGGUAUCCCAGGACCACCACCAGGAGGUGGCCCGUUGAACGGAAGUCUCGUCAAUCCAAACAGCGUCGUUACAGAGUCGUUUUCGGAUCAAAAUCUGCUCCCUGAUGUCCAAGGCGUCAAGUCCGAUGUCAUUAAGCCGGAAGUAACGACUAUCAAAGAGGAGCCUUUUCAACCUCAAAUGAUCAACGGGGUUCUUGGUGACGGGCACAGCACGGUGGUGCCCCACUCACAAGGCGCACAAGUAAUCACAUCCGUGCACCAUCAGCCUCAGCCGGUGCAGCCGAUUCUCAAAGUAGAAAAUAGUCAACCCAAUAUCAGACAAAUCAUGCCGCAACCUCAGAUUUCCCAGCCGCAACAGCAGCAACAACCCCUCGGUCAAGUUGUUCAACAGCCGGGUCAGCAGCAGGCGGUGAGACCUGUCGGAACCCCGGCGCAUAUUCGCCCUGGAAUCCGACAGGUUGUUUUAUCGCCAUACCUUGUUCCGUUCCUUGAAAACUCACUGCCCCUGCUUCGCCGAUCCAUGCAACAAUCGGGUCAAAAUCGACAAAACGGGCCUCGUCCUGUGCGACCUGUGCAGCAAGUACGAAUACCCCAAGGGGGAGGUCCACCGGGCACUCCCGUCAGAGCUAUCAGACCCGCGGGUCCCACGACCAAUGUAGUACGACCGAAUCAUCCUCAAAUCCGCCUUCCGCGGAACAUGCCAAACCGCGUUAGGCCAGGCCAACCUGUCGGCCGUCUUCCCGGAGAGCCGCCAAACAAGAUGAAGAUAACGUCGAUGGACCGAGAUGAAGCUCGCGACGACGAUAUUACGGACGUUGCCAGUAUGGCACAGAUCGACUUGGCGAAUGAAGCUGAGCAUCUGAACAAUGCAUCUACGGUUGUAGGAAGCGAAGUCAGAAGCGCGCCCGGCGGGGACAAAGCCGUCUCCGUCAAUGAGCAAAUUCUGCACAAGCUUGUCGGCCAGGCGGCAAGCAAAGCCGGUGGGAUCCAACGAGUGACUCCGGACGGCGCGCGACUCAUGGGCCUUGCCCUUGAAGAUCACAUAAAAACGAUAAUUUCCAAGGCGAUUCACGCCGCUUCUCAUAGAUCAAUCCAGUUUAAAGAAACGGAGCAUAUAGAAAAGCUCAACGAUGUAAAAAGCCGAUUAAAGUAUAUUUCUGAUUUGAUGGUUAUCGAAAAACGGGACGCGGAUGAAGCUGAACAAGAGCAACGUGCUAAAUUGCUCAGAUCGCGGAAGGGCAAAGAUGAUGACCCAGACCGCGACAAAAAGAAGAAAGAAGCGAAGCUGAAGCAGCAACAGCUUCAAGAUGAACAGCAACUUAAGCAAGCUGACGAAACUGCCUUAGAAGCGUCCCGCAGAAGGCCGCGGAACGUUGCGUCCUCAUCGACGACCGUGAACACCUCUAGCAACAGGCCUGUGCGAACAUGCCGUGUCAAAAUCCGCGACCUGCUGUUUUGCCUUGAAAGCGACAGGAGUCUCUCGGAGCGUGCUCGCGACGAAAUCUUCAAAAAAUACCUCAAGUAG